GAGCCAUGAGCGAUAUUCGGCACUCGCUGCUGCGGCGGGACGCGCUGAGCGCCGCCAAGGAGGUGCUGUACCACCUGGACAUCUACUUCAGCAGCCAGCUGCAGAACGCCCCGCUGCCCCUCGUCGACAAGGGCCCCGCCGAGCUGCUGGAGGAAUUCCUCUUCCAGGUCCCCAAGGAGCGCGGCGCUCCGCCCAAGAGAUUGAAUUCACUUCAGGAACUUCAGCUCCUUGAGAUCAUGUGCAAUUAUUUCCAAGAGCAAACCAAGGAUUCAGUCCGGCAGAUCAUUUUUUCGUCUCUCUUCAGCCCUCAAGGAAACAAAGCAGAUGACAGCAGGAUGGCUUUACUGGGAAAGCUGGUUUCCAUGGCAGUGGCUGUGUGCAGGGUUCCAGUUCUGGAAUGUGCUGCCUUCUGGCUGCAGCGAACCCCUGCUGUGUACUGUGUGAGGCUAGCCCGGGCCUUGGUCGAUGACUACUGCAACUUGGUGCCAGGGUCCAUCCAGACCCUGAAGCAGAUAUUCAGCGCCAGUCCUCGCUUCUGCUGCCAGUUCAUUACAUCGGUCACAGCGCUCUACGACCUCUCUUCAGAUGACCUCAUCCCUCCAUCGGAUCUGCUCGAGUUGAUUGUUUCCUGGAUCUUUGAAGACCCCCGCUUGAUCCUCAUCACCUUUCUAAACACUCCUAUUGCAGCCAACCUGCCAAUAGGGUUUUUAGAGCUCACCCCGCUGACUGGACUGAUCCGUUGGUGCGUGAAGGCCCCCUUGGCUUAUAAAAGGAAGAAGAAAGCCUCUCUCUCAAAUGGACACCCUCCCAGCAAAAUUGCCAAGGACUCGACUUCAGGAGAAGACAGAGAUUGCCAUCAGUUGUAUUCAAAACUGCAUCUAAGCGUCCUGCAGGUUCUUAUGAUGCUUCAGGGGCAUUUAACAGAGAAGAACCUUUAUGGGCGCCUGGGGCUAGUACCCUUCGACCACGUGGUUCCACUUGUUGAGGAAAUUAACAGGCUGUCUGAUGAACUGAAUCCUCUCAAUGCAUCCAAAGAGAUUGAACUGGCUCUAGACAGGCUGGCUCAAGCUUUGCAAGUGGCCAUGGCAUCGGGAGCACUCCUGUGCACUAGAGAUGACUUGAGAACUGUGUGCUCCAGGCUACCGCAUAACAACCUGCUCCAGCUGGUGAUUUCAGGUCCAGUACAGCAACCGACCCACGGCGCUCUGCCACCAGGAUUUUAUCCUCAUAUCCAUACUCCUCCUCUGGGCUACCCCGCGCACGCCGCGCACCCUGCGCUACCGGCUCACCCGGCGCUCCCGGCUCACCCCGUACAAACAUUUAUACCAGGAAUGACAUUCCCAUACCGACCUAUUCGCUAA